CAUACGCAAUAAAAGAAUAGCCUAGCUAGCAUAUAAUGUAUAACUAGAUGUAGCAAAAUCCUUGUCUAAUUUGUAUGAAAGCCCUCUAAAUCAAAGCCAAGAAAGUUAGUAAACCAAACACAUCUACCAAACAAAACUAUGUUUCCAGCAACCAUACCACUACUUCCAGUGCUCUUUGUCACACUCGCCCUCCCCAUCACCGUAUUGUUCCUAAAAAGAAAACAUCAUGAUAGAUCACUCCCACCGGGACCACCGGCAUUUCCGGUCUUCGGUAACCUGCCCAUGCUGCUGGGGAAGUUCCCACACCGCACACUCCAAGCCAUGGCCCAAAAAUACGGCCCAAUUAUGUCCCUUCGGUUAGGGCAGAUCCCAGCCCUCAUUGUCUCAAACUCCGAAGCCGCAGAAAUGUUCUUAAAGACACACGACGCUAGUUUUGCGAGCCGUCGCAAAACCCAGGCAAGCGAGUACGUAUCAUACGGCUCCAAAGGGCUGUUGUUCUCGGAGUACGGUACGUACUGGCGCAACAUGAAGAGAUUGUGCACGUCGCAGCUUCUGAGCGCGUCGAAGGUGUCGUCUUUUGCUGGUGUUAGGGAGAGAGAAGUGGAAGCGACGGUGAAAUCGAUCAAGAGAGCUGCAGCGAGAGGUGAGGCGGUGAAUAUUACUGAGGCGGUGAAUCAUCUUGUAGAGGAUACAACGUAUAAGAUAGUGAUGGGGCGUAGUAGGGAUAAUGAGGUUGAUUUGACUGCCCUAGUUCAUGAUGCUAUUAGCGUCAGUGGAGCCUUUAAUAUCGCAGAUUAUGUGCCCUGGCUUGGAUCUUUUGACCUUCUUCUGGGAUCCACACGAAGGUUGAAGAAAAUUGCUAAAGCUGUUGACCAAGUGUUGGAGAAGAUAAUUGAGGAGCAUCACACUAGAGGUUCUGGUUCGGGUGCAUGCCAUGCCUCGAGGGACCACAGGGAUUUCAUUGACAUAUUACUCUCCCUUAUGAACCAACCCGUUGAUCCACGUGAUGAACAGAGCCAAGUCAUGGAUCGAACCAACGUUAAGGCUAUACUCCUAGAUACUAUUGCAGGCUCAUUUGAAACUUCUGCAACCGUUAUUGUAUGGGUUUUAUCCGAGCUGUUAAAGCAUCCAAGAGUGAUGAGAAACCUUCAAGACGAGCUAGCUAAUUUGGUUGGAUUGAACAAAUUUGUGCAAGAGACCCAUUUGACAAACCUAAGUUACUUGGAUAUUGUGAUCAAAGAAACAUUACGAUUACAUCCUGCUGGAGCAUUUUUUCCCCGCGAAACAAUUAAAGAUACUAUGGUUAAUGGUUAUCAUAUAAGAGAAAAGACAAUAAUCAUAAUAAACUUAUGGGCAUUGGGAAGAGAUCCUAAGGCAUGGUCUAAUAAUGCUAAUGAGUUUUAUCCCGAAAGAUUUUUAACUAAAAAUUUUGACUACCGUGGCUACAGCUUUCAGUUUAUACCAUUUGGUUCUGGUAGCAGAGGAUGUCCUGGAAUACACCUAGGACUAACUAUGGUGAAACUUAUUGUGGCUCAGUUAGUACAUUGCUUCACCUGGGAAUUACCAUCGAACAUGACGCCAGAUGAGUUGGACAUGAACGAAAAAUUUGCACUCACACUGACUAAAGCCAAGAACUUACAUGCUGUGCCAACGUAUCGUCUUCUUUGUGAAGUCUAAAGGAUACACCUUGAUUUAUUAUGCGUACUUGUUAUUGACUCUACUUUUUUCACUACGAUAUGUUCUUUUUUCCCGUAUGUAAUAGUACAUGUCUCACUUUAAGACUUAA